AUGUACCAACUGAGUGUUGGGGGUCCGGCUUGUACCUUUAACAACGACUGUGUUCGUGGUCGAAGAUUGCAAAUACAGCCGGACCCUCAACACUCAGUACCUACCGACUGUACCACAAGACAACAGCCACCGUCUGUGAAUGACUUUUGGACGUCAACUCCGGAACAACUCGAUAACCAGCCGGGCCGCUUCAACCUCAGUAGCAGCACUCAAGUAGCACUGAUUAUGGUUCUUGCUCCCAUCUUGAACAAAUAUUAUAAUGACCAAAAGAGCAUGGGGGAAAUCAACGUGGUGGUUUUCUUUGGACGAAAAUUGUGUAUUCUUCCGAUCGAUCUUCAGUCUUCCGAGUUUCUCGUCUUCUUUUUGGGAGGGUGGACCACGAUCAAUAUUGACCUGUGCACUGCUGUUUCGACGAUCCUAGAAAGAUCACAGUUGGUGCAGUCUUUGAAGUCCUCGCGGUUCAAGUUUUUCGAACUCUGCCCAAAGUUUUGUCCAUGGACUGGUUUCUCAUCAAAUCACAAGCUUUCCAAAUCAUCAACCUGGCAUAAUCCAGCUCAUCUUUCGCAAAUUCAAGCCGGGGUGCCGACCAAUACUCGCUCACGUCUCAGGAACGAGAGAGCUUCUCUCAAAUCCCAGACGGUGGUGGACUCCGAAGCUGAAGAUGAUAUGCGAGAGCCUAGAAGCGAACUUGAGGCUUUACCACGAUCAACACCAGCAUGCUAUCAUAUUGCAGACUUCUUGGGCUUGACCCCAAGAAUGCGAAGGUCAUGGGUUCCGGCCUCGAGAACCUAA